AUGAAUAAUAUUAGUAGUAGCAUUUGUGCAUUUCUUUGGUUAACUUGUUCCGAAUUAAUAUCAUGUGGAUCUCCAAACAAUAUCUGCUAUGAACCUAAUCAUAUCUGUGUUCACCAUCCACGAUGUUUUGAUCAUCCUGUUUGUUAUCCUUUAUCAAAAGUGAAUCAAGAAUUCUGUCCAUCAAUAAUAACUCCAUUAUUGGUGUCAAAACCAAAUGAUGGUAUUUGUGAAAAUGCGAUAUGGUCAUCAAAUGGUACUACUGUCGCUGGUAGAAUCGAUGGUCUCGGAUCUUCACUUAAUAGAUUGUAUGGUCCUUGGGGACUUUUUGUGGAUGGCAAUCAAGUUAUAUAUGUAGCAGAUUCGAAAAAUCAUCGUAUAGUCAAAUGGGAACAAGAUGCUUCGUGUGGUCAACUAGUUGCAGGUGGAGAAGGAAGUGGAAAUAAUACUGAUCAAUUAAAUCAUCCAUCAGAUGUGGUCGUCGAUAGAGAUGGAUCAAUCUAUAUUAGUGAUACAGAAAACGGACGUAUUCAACAAUGGUCUUCAGGUGCUAAGAAUGGAAAAACAAUCAUCAAAGAUAUAUCAUCUCCUGUUGGCAUAUCAAGAGAUAAGCAAGGAUUACUAUAUGUAUCUGAUUGGAAAAAAGGCGAAAUAAAAAAGUGGGAUGUUGGUGCGACCAUUGGACAACUAGUUGCGUCGAGACUUAGCGGUCCACGAUUUAUGUUCAUUGAUCAAAAGAAAUCUAUUUACAUAGCCGAGCAGAGACGUGAUCGAAUAAUAAAAGCUGAUGAUGCAAUACCAUCACAAUCUUCAAUGCUUGUUGGUGGAUCUCUUGGUAAUGGUUUAAAUCAAUUAUCGAGUCCAUACAGUGUUAUUGUCGAUGAAUUAGGCACUCUCUAUAUUGCUGAUACUAAUAAUCAUCGAAUCAUGCGUUGGGUACGUGGAGCUCAAUCCGGAAAGGUCAUAGCUGGUGGGCAAGGAAUGGGUUCUCGAUACGAUCAACUUAGUUAUCCACAUGAUUUAUCAUUUGAUCUUAAUGGAAAUCUCUAUGUAGUUGAUUAUGGAAAUCAUCGAGUGCAAAAAUUUGUCAGUGAUAAGAGUUUAUGUCAAUAA